AUGCCUUCUGCAGCUGCCCGGGCUCAGACGUGUGAGUUUGACCUGGGAUGGUGCGACUGGACAGACAACAAUGGGAAUAUGACGUGGAUUCGAUUGUACACAGCUGGUCCACAGUACGGACUUCAUGCAAUGAACCCCAUGUUUCCUGGCAGUGGUCCAGCAGAUGAUCACACACAGCCUGUGGAAUACGCUGGCUGGUACGUGAUGUCUAUGUGUGGAGGCGCAACCCAACCUGGCUAUGUAGCCACCCUCACCAGUCCUGACAUCAUCGGCCCCUGUACGCUGGAGUUCUGGUACACCAUGUUCGGCACGGACCUGGACAUGUCAGUCUACCUGCUACAGGAGGGACAGAAAACACAGAUCUGGCACAUGGCGGAUGUGAACGAAGACUUCUGGCAGCGCGCUAGUGUCACACUGUCGCCACCCAUGGAAGAGGCUUAUCAGGUUGUUUUUGAGUCCAUGAGAGGGACCAACUUCUUGUGCAAUGUGGCCUUUGAUGACGUCAAACUAGCUCCAGCUCCGCUACUGAAGUGUGACUUUGAGAGCACCGGUCCAUGUGCCCUGAGACAAGACGACAGCGAUGUGUUCGACUGGAGAUGGCAACAGGGGAUGACGGAGACUCGAGAAGAUGUCCUAAACAGGAACUUAACCGCCACCGUACCUGAUAUCCUCACGGGACCGGAGUACGACGUUACUCUGGGGCCAGGGAGAAAUGGUACGUACAUGUACGUGGAGUCGUCAAUCCAGUCAGCUGGUCACUACGCUCGCCUGUCGUCUACAGAACUCAGCGGACAGUGUCUGGAGUUCUACUUCCACAUGCUGGGACGUCAUUCUGGUACGUUGAAGGUAUACCAGCAGUCUGUGUACGAGAACGACACGACAGAACAGCUGAUCUGGGAAGUGUCCGGUAGUCAUGGUGACGAGUGGCACAGAGCAGCAGUCAGCCUCAAGAUCACCAACAACUUCUAUAUCCGUUUUGAGGCUGAGGUGGGCGGUUACUACAGUAACAUAGCCAUCGACGAGGUCAAAACUUUGGAUCAACCAUGCACAUUGGCAGGCGGCUGGGGUGCAUGGGGAAACUGGACGGAGUGUGACGCGGAGUGUGACGGCGGGACCCAGUCCAGGGCGGCGUACUGUGACAAACCCUACCCUGUCUUCGGACACUUUUGUGAGGGAGACGACGACGGUGACAUGAGGAGGGUAGAAGUCAGGGCCUGUAACACACAGCCGUGUCCCACUACCACGGUACCGACUACCCCUCAAAAAACAACCAGUGAAACAACGGUGGAGACAACAACCGUGACAACGCCUGAACCAACCACAACGGCGCAGACGACAACCAUGGAAACUACGACUGAGGCAGAGGUUGAAACCACCAUGGAGCUCACGACAGAUAGUGCAACAACCGCCGGUGUGACGACUGGUCAUUAUAAAACUACAACCGAAGUCACAAAGGCCAUCACAGACAGUACUCUACAACCUACCAAAGUCGUGAAUACUCUAAAGCCGGGAUCUCUUGAGGCUGAAAGCGCCCCUGUCUGCACCAAUGACUACAUGGAGCUAGCCCUACCGGCCCACCGGCUCACUCACGUGGUCACCAGCGGGCUGCAUUGGGACCCGGACCCGAGCUGCAAGGCCACCUUCAACGGUACCCACUACAUCCUGCGCACCGGGCUCUAUCAUUGCGGCACUAAGGUGACGUUUGACUCGAAGUACGUCAUCUUUUACAACAAUGUCAGCCUCCUUUUCACCCAUGAUGGCGUCAUCACAAGAGACCCGGAUGUUGUCAUCCACUCGGUCUGUAAGUACGACCGUGAAGAAGCCGUGAUGUCCGAGUUCCUGCCCAUCCCGGGCGGACUGGAGUUCGUGGAUGAAGGGUUCGGUCAGCUGUCCAUCCGGCUGGACAUGUUCCCCACACAGAGCUACCUGGCUCCGUACACCACACCUGAGUACCCGGUACACAAGCACCUGCGGGACAUGAUGUACCUGCAGCUGCAGGUGCAGGGCCACGCGCUACAGCUGUCAGUCAUCGCCCUACAUUGCGAGGCUACGUCCGGGUACAACUCCUCCCUACGGUACCCACUGAUACAGGACGGCUGUGCCUCGGACGACACCCUACAGUUCUACGCAGGACCAGACCCCAGUACACAGCGGUUCGGUCUGGAGGCCUUCCGCUUCGUGCAGGAAGUGACGACAGUCCACAUCCGGUGUGAGGUAGAGGUGUGCGAUGCAGCUGACACAGGAUCCCGCUGUGAACAGGGUUGCAGGACCAAUCGUCAUCACAAGAGGGCACUUGAGGAUGCGGAUGACGUAAAGAACCGUUAUGUGAUCUCUCAGGGCCCUAUCAUCCUCAGCGCAGAUUCCCAGCAGGGGUACAGCGCAAAGACCGCCGUCAUUGCUGUGGGAGGAUCUGCUGCGGUCAUCGCUCUCGCUGCAGUUCUGCUGGUAGUCAAAGUGAGGCGCUCAAAGCGGGUACAUCCGGGAUACGAGCCACUCAGUACCCUUGAUGCCGAGUGAAAUAAGCAAAGAUGCUUCUAAUGCGGUACUUUGAUGUAACGAUAGACCAAUCAUGAAUUCUGUAUCUUAGCCUACUAUGAUACAGUGUCAUCUUUGGAACACUUGUGACGCUGAUUUCAGCAAUAUUUCCCCUUAGCACAAACAGUUGCUACAAAUUCCAUAUAUCCAUAAAUCUUAUUCUUGCAACUAUACGUGAGUGUGCAAAUGUUUUGAGUUAUUAAUGCAGUUAUUGUUGUUGAGAAUUCAGCAACCUACCCAUGUUAUUAGAC